UCAGCCCCAUGCGCGGCCCGCGCAGCCGCCGCCGCCGCCGCCCGCGCCCCGCGCCCCGCGCCCGCCCGGCCGCCCCGCGCCGUCCCCGCCGGCCGUCCCGCUGAUGCCGCUGCCCCGAGUGGGGCCCGCGCGCCGCUAGCAGCAUGUCUCGGCGCAAGCAGGCCAAGCCCCAGCACCUCAAGUCGGACGAGGAGCUGCCGCCGCCGGAAGGGGCUCCGGAGCACGCGGCCCCCGGGGACGGCGCCGAGGACGGUGACAGCGGCCGAGACAGCAGGAGCGGCAGCGAGGAGACCAGCGUGUGUGACAAGUGCUGUGCCGAGUUUUUCAAGUGGACGGACUUCCUGCGGCACAAGAGGGUCUGCACCAAGAACCCGCUGGUGUUGAUCGUCCACGAGGAUGAGCCGGCCCCGGCCUCGGAGGAGUUUCCGGAACCCUCUCCCGCCAGCUCUCCCGGGGAGCAGACAGAGAGCGAGGCUCCCGAGGAGGCGGCCCCCCCAGAGAGCGGGGAGGGUGGCGAGGUGAGGGCCCCGGAGAAGGAGGAGGAGCCCAUGGAUGUGGAGCCCCCGACCACGGACAAGGGCUUCCAGGGCCCGGGGCCCUCGCUCCCGGGGAAGCCGCCUCUACCACCGGCCCCCGAGCCGGUGCCAGUGGCCACCUACGGCAUGCCGAGCACCAACGUGACGCUGGAGACCCUGCUGAGCACCAAGGUGGCGGUGGCGCAGUUCUCCCAGAGUGCGCGGGCCGCGGGCGCGGCGGGCUCUGGCGGCGGGGUCACGGCGGCGGCCAUCCCCAUGAUCCUGGAGCAGCUGAUGGCGCUGCAGCAGCAGCAGAUUCACCAGCUGCAGCUCAUCGAGCAGAUCCGCAGCCAGGUGGCCAUGAUGAGCCGCCAGCCCCUGAGGCCGCCGCUGAACCCGGGAGCCGCCCCCGGGGCCCAGAGCACCCCGGGGCCCACCUCCAGCCAGCUCCCCGGGCUGGCCACCCACUCUGCCCUGCAGCUGCCCUCCGGGGCCAUUCCUGUCCCCACGCCGCCAGGCUCCGCCACCCAGACCACAGCCUACGAGGGCCCCCAGCCACUGUCACAGCCUGCAUCUGGGGUGAGCACCCCACAUGUCCCCAGUGGGGGCCCUGCAGCCCCCGAGUCUGGUGGGCCGGCAUCCUCCAGUGUGGCGACGGCCGGCACUGCCCCAGCCUCCGUGGCCAGCGCCCCUGGCAGUGCCUCACAGCCUCCGCAGAAAGCCCCCACGCCUCCCACCCUGGGGCCCAGCCCACUGCUCAGCUCGGCGCCCAGUCUGCCAAACCCUCUGCUACCUCAGACCUCUGCCAGCAGCGUCAUCUUCCCCAACCCACUGGUCAGCAUCGCGGCCACGGCCAACGCACUGGACCCUCUGUCGGCCCUCUUGAAGCACCGCAAGGGCAAGCCCCCCAACGUGUCGGUGUUCGAGCCCAAGGCCAGCGCCGAGGACCCCUUCUUCAAGCACAAGUGCAGGUUCUGUGCCAAGGUCUUUGGCAGCGACAGUGCCCUGCAGAUCCACCUGCGCUCCCACACCGGCGAGCGGCCCUUCAAGUGCAACAUCUGCGGCAACCGCUUCUCCACCAAGGGCAACCUGAAGGUGCACUUCCAGAGGCACAAGGAGAAGUACCCCCACAUCCAGAUGAACCCCUACCCCGUGCCCGAGUACCUGGACAACGUGCCCACCUGCUCCGGGAUUCCCUACGGCAUGUCCCUGCCCCCAGAAAAGCCGGUUACCACCUGGCUGGACAGCAAGCCCGUGCUGUCCACGGUGCCCACGUCGGUGGGGCUGCAGCUGCCACCCACGGUCCCUGGCGUAGGCAGCUACGCCGACUCCCCCAGCCUCACCCCGGUCAGCCGCUCCCCACAGCGGCCCUCGCCCGCCUCCAGCGAGUGCCCCUCGUUGUCCCCCGGCCUGAACAGCUCCGAGUCCGGUGCCCUAGUGACCGCCGAGUCACCGCAGCCUGCACUUGGCGUGUCUUCCCUGACCAAAACCGAGCCCGUGAGCCUGCCCUGUGCAAGUGCUAGGCCGGGGGACGUCCCUGCCAGCGUGCAGGUCUCCGCCACGUCCACGUCGGCCGCCGCCCUCGCAGACAACAGCCUCUCCGCUGGCCUCUGCAGCCCGGUCCUUGCGGCCAGCUCCGAGCAGUUCAAGGCCAAGUUUCCUUUUGGAGGGCUACUCGACUCCAUGCAGACGUCAGAGACAUCCAAGCUGCAGCAGCUCGUGGAGAACAUCGACAAGAAGAUGACCGACCCCAACCAGUGCGUCAUCUGCCACCGGGUGCUGAGCUGCCAGAGCGCCCUCAAGAUGCACUACCGCACGCACACCGGGGAGCGACCCUUCAAGUGCAAGAUCUGCGGGCGGGCCUUCACCACCAAGGGCAACCUGAAGACGCACUUCGGGGUGCACCGGGCGAAGCCGCCGCUGCGGGUGCAGCACUCCUGCCCCAUCUGCCAGAAGAAGUUCACCAACGCGGUGGUCCUGCAGCAGCACAUCCGCAUGCACAUGGGCGGCCAGAUCCCCAACACGCCGCUGCCCGACGGCCUGCAGGACGCCAUGGACGCCGAGCUCCCCUGCGACGACAAGGCCGCCGAGGCCCUGAGCGGCUUCGAGGACGACGCCGACGAGAACUCCGUGGAGGAGGACGCGGCCGGCGCCCCGGCCGACGCGCUGCGGCCCUGCCCGGCCUCCUGCCCGCCCUCGCCCCCGUCCGUCAUCUCCAGCAUCGCGGCGCUGGAGAACCAGAUGAAGAUGAUGGACUCGGUCAUGAGCUGCCCGCCGCUGGCCGCCGCCAAAACCGCGGAGAGCGGGUCCGGGGACAGCGACCGCCUCAGCAACGACUCCUCGUCCGCCGCGGGCGACCUGGAGAGCCGCAGCGCGGGCAGCCCGGCCCUGUCCGAGUCGUCCUCCUCCGCGCAGGUGCUGUCCCCUGCCAACAGCCACAGCGAGAGCCUGCCCUCCAAGUCCCCGGGCCUCAGCAGCCACGAGGAGCCGCCGGACGUGCCGCUGAAGACCGAGAGGCCGGACAGCCCGCCCCCCGCCCCCGAGAACGGAGGCGCGCUGGACCUCACGGCCGCCCACCCCGGCCGGCUGGCGGUCAAGGAGGAGGCCCCCUUUAGCCUGCUGUUCCUGAGCCGGGAUCGCGGUAAGUGUGAGCGCGCCAUGUGUCCCGUCUGCGGCAAGCCCUUCGCGUGCAGGAGUGCGCUGCAGAUCCACCACCGCAGCCACACCAAGGAGCGCCCGUUUGUCUGCGCGGUCUGCGGGCGCGGGUGCUCUACUGUGGGUAACUUAAAGCAGCACUUGCUGACCCACAGGCUGAAAGAGCUGCCUUCUCCGUUAUUUGGCCCCAACUCUGCUCUAGGUCCCAGCCAGAGCGGUCCAAGCCUGGUCGCCGGGGUGGCCGGGGUGGCCGGGGUCGCCGGCUCCGCGCCCGCCCUGAUCAAAAUGGAAAUGAAUGGGCACGGCAAGGCCGUCACGCUGGGCGAGGGCCCGCCACUGCCGGCCGCCGUCCACGUGGCAGCCGGGCCGCAGGCCGUGAUGAGCCCCGGCCUGGCGCCCAUGCUGGCCCCCCCACCACGCCGGACCCCCAAACAGCACAACUGCCAGUCGUGCGGGAAGACCUUCUCCUCGGCCAGCGCCCUGCAGAUCCACGAGCGCACGCACACCGGGGAGAAGCCGUUUGGCUGCACCGUCUGCGGGAGAGCCUUCACCACCAAGGGCAACCUCAAGGUGCACAUGGGCACACACAUGUGGAAUAACGCCCCCGCGAGGCGCGGCCGCCGCCUGUCGGUGGAGAACCCCAUGGCCCUGCUGGGGGGUGACGCCCUGAAGUUCUCAGAAAUGUUCCAGAAGGACCUGGCGGCACGAGCCAUGAACGUGGACCCUGGUUUCUGGAACCAGUACGCCGCGGCCAUCACCAACGGCCUGGCCAUGAAGAACAACGAGAUCUCCGUCAUCCAGAACGGAGGCCUCCCCCCGCUCCCCGUGAGCCUGGGCGGGAGUGCCAUGCCCCCGCUGGGCUCCCUGGCCGCCGGCAUGGACAAGGCGCGCACGGGCAGCAGCCCGCCCGUGGUGGGCCUGGACAAAGCCGGCUCCGACGCGGUGGCCAGCCGGCCCUUCACCAGGUUCCUCGAGGACAACAAGGAGAUCGGGAUCAACUAGCCUCGCCCCCGGCGGCCUGUCCGCCCCCUCUGUCCCUCCUGCACGUGGUGACGUGUGGCCGUCAGGAUGCGCACUGCCGUGCCCAGGGGGCCUCCUUCACACCGCCCCGCAGCAGAGCGUGCACAGACCGCGCGGCCGCCGCGGGGCCCCGUGCGAGCGCUGCAUGGUCCGUUUCUCGGUGAGCGCGACUGUUCUUCAGAAUUCUCCAGCCUUCUAAACAGAUGGGAGUCCACACGGAGGAGCCCCUGGGACCCGAAAGGGCUCAGUGGGUGCCCCUUCCGUUUGCCCCGACACCCAGCCGUCCCGGGCAUGGGGCCAGGGUGCCCCACGGCGUUCCAGUGACAGUCCUGUGAAGUCGUGAGACACUGGACUCGUGUUCAGAACUCUCGUCCUGGAGGCGCAGUCCCGUCCUCCGUGCCCCCGACCGUACCUUUGUCUGUAGUAUUUAUAAUGUGACGAUUAUGCGGGUAACCGAUGAUACAGCCCCAACUUCAAAGGUAGUUUUUGCGCUGCAGCUGUGUGGGUUUCACCUCUAGCUGUGCGGGUUUUUUUUUUUUUAAGCGAGAUUUGUUUUGCUAUAAAUAAGUGGGUUCCUUUGAUGCAGGUAAAUUGUGAAGUUCUGUUGGGAAAGACAGCAUGCUUUCUGUGUGCAAGUACCUGUCAGUAACAAGCCUUUGGUUUUUGUUUUUGUUCUUUUUUUUUAAUUUAAAUGUUUGUAGCUGCUAUGUGGGCGGUUGUUCUCUCGUGUGGUCUGGGUGCUGGUGGCAGACAGCGGCACUGCGCACUGGCCACCGCGUUACACACCGUUGUGAGUCAAUAUUUCGCGCAUCAAAGCUGUACAAUAAAGAGGAAAUGUUUGUAUAAUGUGGUUGCAAACUCUUAAUUUAUACUGUUGCACUUUUAGUAUUUUGUAUUAGGAAGUUUGUCUAUAAUUUGAAGAUUUAAAAAGAUGUAAAGUAUUUUAUACAUAGUCCUGAUUUAAGGAAAAUGAAGAAAAAAAACAAACCUGUUACUGUUUCUUGUUUUGUCUUAAGGUCAGACAACAUGAGAAAUCUUUGCUACUUAAACAGAAAAGCCACCGAGACUUGUUGGUUCCUCAGUCCCCGAGGGCCUGGUGGUCCGUCGUUAAAAUGACCUAUUUAACUUUCCCGCGACGCUCAUUUGAGAACUUGACCCCCUCUAACGCAACUUUGAUGGCUCGUCCUAGGAGUCCCGCGCCGGCGGGAGUGGGCGCCGUGAGGACCAGGCGUGUGAGCAAUCUCCUGGGGGCCCUGCUCCCGAGUCCAGUGAACCUGGGAGAAAUACCAGUGUCUGCCAGGAAAAUCAGUCGCGACUGGGAAAUUCGCUCACUUCCCGGUUUAUUUAUUAUUUUCUCAGAUGGAGACAAAGCACAAUGCCGUCCGAUUAUGUGAAAUGCUGACGUGAGCGGUGACUUUUCUGGCGCAGGGAGGACAGCCCGAGAUCAGGCGGGGGGCACCGGGGGCUGUGUGUUCUACCUCAUGUUGCGCGUGGCGGGUGCGUGGCAGCCUGAGACAACGGGCUUCCCCCAGCACCUCCAUCCCAGAGACGCGGUCACAACGCGGGCCUCGGCGCCACGAAGAAGGAGCCGGGCAGCGGUGUCUUCCCGGCUGAAACACGAAACCAGGACAAUCUUCCAACACCACUGCUGCGGCUCGUGAGGGCACCAUGGGAGGGUUUCCGUCAGCAGAGGGCGCCGAGCUGGCUGCACGGCCGUGUCCGUGGGCGCGAGGUGGCGCGCGCCCCCCUCGGGCUGCCCGCCUCCUCGGGGCACACGGGGCCCUCGGUCUCCGGAGAAGAAAGCAGGGAGCCUCUUGCUGCUGAGUCUUCGCAGUUGAAUGUCUUUAUUAUUUAUGGUCCUUUAUUGGUGUGGAUUUUUUUUGUUAGUAUUUGGUACCAUGUAGCGUUCUGUCUUCCCCCGAAAGGAUGUGUAAAUAACCUCAGAAAAAUGUAAAGUGUGUAAAUAAGACGGCUCGUGAGACCAACCCCCUGCGUUCGGGGCGAGGCCGCCCCUCCGCAUGGUGGAGAGAGACACUAUUUUUGUACUGCGGUGCCACGUGGGGCCCGACCUCCCCCGCACCGGCUGGGAGUCGCCGCCUAGAUCGCUAUUUUUUAUGAUGAAACCGCGGCUCAGCGCACCUACUGAUCGAAAUGGAUGUUCUAGUCUAGGUUCCUAUUUUGUCAUAUGAAUAAAAUGCAGGAUGCAAUAUUGUGUGCGGAUCACGUCCCUUGAUUGUUCGCACGGAGGUGGCGGAAUUCGAGGUCGCGGCCCAUCGGGUGGGUGUUCACCUGUGGUGUUUAUCCAAGGAAGGUCCGCUCAGAUUUAAGCAAUAUCUCCAGGUAUCUUGAUGGGUCUUGAGGUGGUUAGUUUUCCCUUUCUUCUAGAGUA